UUAACUAUCUACUACACAAAGCCAUUCUUGAUCCAUCUCUUCUUCAUCAACUCAUCACACAUACAUACAUAUCCUUACGCAAAUAGCAACAAUAACACCACACCACACCAUUACAAAAUGCCUUCAUCCAACAUCAACGACGUCCUGGCUACCAAGCCCCUUACCUUCAGCAUCAAGACCGGCGGUGGUUCAUGGAAGUGCCAAAUUCACUCCAACAGAGCCGCAUAUGAGAAGACCAGGUCCUCUGCUGCCCCGAUGACGGACGUUGUUCCGGGUAUCUCCCGCUCAGAUUCCGGCCUCUCGACUUCGUCAUCUUCGUCGGCAGGCUCCUCUAGCUCUCACUAGAUCUACCAUACAACUGUCUUCUCUGCGCCAU